UGCACAACACACUUAUACUUCUAGAGAGAGAAAGAGAGAGAGAGAGAGAAUGGAUAACAAUUUGGCACUAGGUUUUCGUUUCUACCCAACAGAGGAAGAGCUGAUUUCCUUCUAUCUACGUAACAAGCUAGAAGGAUUGAGACCAGACCUGGAACGAGUUAUACCUGUUCUCAACAUUUACGAAAUGGAUCCAUGGCACCUCCCACAAUUUUCUGGAGAGAUGUGUCGUGGAGACCCAGAGCAAUGGUUCUUCUUCGUGCCAAGACAAGCAAGGGAAGCCCGUGGAGGAAGAAAUAGUCGAACCACCGGUUCAGGAUACUGGAAAAGUGUAGGCUCUCCUGGCUACGCCUACUCUUCAGAGAAUCGGAUCAUCGGAAUAAAGAAAACCAUGGUCUUCUACAAAGGAAAAGCUCCUUGUGGAAGGAAAACUAAGUGGAAGAUGAACGAGUAUAAAGCUAUUUUAGGAGAAGCCUCUUCUUCAACUGGUGCAACUCCAAAUCCAAUUUUACGGCACGAAUAUUGUUUAUGUCGUGUGUACAUAGGUAGCGGGUGCUUGCGAGAAUUCGAUCGACGGCCCGCUGGCGCCAUGACAAGUGAGAUGGCAAUGCAGGUACCCCAAGCUGUUUCUGGAGCUGGGAUGACCAGUGGAAGUGGGGAGUCCAUGACCACCACAUCUCAUCAUCAGAUAAGCCCUCCAAAAAUAGAGAAAAGUUGCUCACAGGACAUUUCAUUCUCAGGGGGAGAUGAUGCUCAUCCCCCUCAGACUAGUGAAAGUACAUUUUGGGAGAUUUCUGACGAUGCUCUUCAGUCCCUAUUAGAAUGGAAAAACUCAAAUUGGGAUUAGGCUUAUUGUGUUGGAAAUUUUGGAAUAUUAGAGUUAAAUCAAAGGAAAUGUAAAUAUUUUAACUAAAAAUAUUUGGGAAGUGUUUAGUUUAUUGGUACUAAAUUAUUCUGUAUUCAGAUUCU